AUGGAGGCCGCGGCAGCCAUUAUCGGACUGGUUGCGAUCGGUGCCAAUGUGUGCAAGACUUUAGGAAUCUUCAUCUCCGUUUGUAAGGAUGCACCAUCUAUUGCUCAGAUUACCCACAACGAAAUGCGCGACUUUGAUUUCGCCCUUCAAAAAGUUCAGAGAAUCUUGUUAAAGAAAGGCACAGAGGGAAUAAGCGAGCUCGGAAAGUCUAUCACGGAUGUCAGCCACCUGACCUUUACACUAUUGACAUGCGUGUCUACGCUCUCGGAGAUGGAGAGAAUGCUGGACCGUCUCUUACCACGACAGGAGAAGAUGCUGGCUGGCCCAUCUUCUCUCCCACAGCUGAGCUACGUUAGACGGAUACGGUGGACCAUGGCUAGCGGGGAUCUCUCUCAACUCAUCAGACGCAUUCAACAGAAUAAGAUUAGUCUAAUUCUACUCAUGACAAUGUGGCUGACUGACUCGUCAGCCGAAGCAGAGCAUUCAGUUGAUUGCCUAAACGAUCUUUUGACAGACCUGAGCUCUGCGGGAGACAAAGCAAAACCAUCGAUAGCUUUCAACCCUUCCUUUCAUGAAUCGUCAUUCAACGGCGAGCAGCCGUCAUUCCCAAACGUUCACUUGACGAGGACCUCUAAAAGGUCAAAUGCAAGCUCGGUUAUGACGCAGAGGAGCUCAUGGAGCACUGGCUCCAAAAGGUCCCUCGCACUUCUAUCGCAGCUGCUGCACAACACAAGGCCGUAUAGACGUAGUUCUGGACUGAGUUCUGAACUGGAUAACACGAACCUAUCUACUCGCACAUCUCAGCGCUUAGGAAUGCCCUUUACUCGGUUUACCGUUGGCUCGAAUGAUUCUAUCAUCUCAUUAUCGUAUACGAAGUUUGAGCAAUCUGGAAGAAAACUCGCGCAGGAAAAUGAUGCGGCUCGAAUACCUGUGGAAAUAUCUCCCGAGUCCUUGUACAACCCCUGGUGGUAUGCAGUUCCUUCCCUGGAAUCCCAAAUCAACAUUCAAGAGUCUCCGACGAGUAAGAUCGUACAAUCGUUGUGUGCGGUUAUAAAAGAAGCUACGUUCCGGGGCGACACAGCCGUCCUAGCUGCAGAACUUUCACGAGCACACAUGGAUACCUCGUAUUCUCUCUUUCUUUUCUACCUAGGGACCGCUAUAUCGAAUAGUGAUACCACGGUAGUUAGCUGGUUAUUGUCAUGGAUGAUGGAGAGAGAUAAGGGUACCGGCUACGCAAUGGCUAGCGCGACUCUGGACCGAGCCCUAUCCACCAAGAAGGAUCAGGUAGCGAUCUAUCUGUUCAAGUGGAUUAUGAAGGAAGAUCGGGUCUCGCUCAUGGGACUAUUUGAAGUUACUUUACCUAAAGUAAUAGGGCACGGUGAUACCACUUUGAUCAUCAAAUUAUUCGAUGCGAUCAAAAUUACGUUAGGGUUAGAGGACAUGGUCACGACUGAGAUGAUUCGGCUUGCUCUAGUGACUACGGUGGAUAAAAAAGAAUUGGAUAUGGUUAUUCAACUCUUGAAUUGGAUCAAGCGCGAGCUCCAUGAUCUCAAGCAAAUAUCUUUAUACGCUCUCGCCUUUAGACGAGGUUUGAGGAUGAAACACGUUUCAGUGGCCCUUACUCUACUCAACUGGGGAUUUGAGUAUAAGUGGGUCCCGUUCUUUGAAUUGCAAGAAGAAGGCUUAAACACCGCCGGGAGCGGUGGGGAUGUUGAUAUGGUAGUAUCACUCUUGGAAUGGGGUAUCUGGGCUGGUCGGACUAAGGCAGAGACCCAGAUCCUGGCACGUAUUUGUUUUGAAAGUGUCGUGUUGAAUGGUCAUAUUGCGACGGCUGUUGGUGUGAUGGACUGGAUACUGAGGGAUGAUUCCGAAGAGGCGCUGGAUAUGGCAGUCAAACUACUGGACAGCGUGAGAGUGAAAUCGAUGGCGUUAGAUCUAUACCCCAAAGUAUUCAAGGCUAGCCUGUCAAGGAAUGAUCUCACUACAGCCACAAGGAUUUUGGAUUGGAUGAUGGAGGAUCCUAGAUUGUGGCGGCACUACUUGUGUAAUGAACACUCGCGAGGUGUAGCACUAAACGCGAGUCGUCCUGUGAUGGCCGAGGUGUUGGACCUCAUGGCAGAAAAAGACAUGGUCGAGGCCGUCCGGUUAUACACAAAGCUACUUGACUCUAGUUUAUGGCAGAACAACCGUAGUACACCGAUAAGGCUACUGUACUGGAUGAUGAGAAGCGAUCCGAUACGAGACUUUGCACUGUCCAACGAUGGCCUGAUUUCUCAGUUAAACAGCCAACAGGACACGAUGAUCGAGAUGCUGGACUGGAUGCAGACGAGUCUGAGUGGCAUGCCGCCUUCACUACUUCCAAAGCUUUCGCACAUAGCUGUAUCGAACAGUUAUCUCACGAUGGCUGUGAGAUUGCUUGAUUGGAUUCAGAAGAGAAAUGGGGUUACUGGCGCCCACGAUCUACACAUUUCCUCUUUGACGACAGCCGUUGAGAAUGGAGACGUUGCCGUGGCCGUUGGGCUACUAAAAUGGAACCAAGGAUCGAAGUCGAGAAAGCAGAAGGUUACACUAUGCCAACCCUUCCUCGAGAUCGCAUUACAUAAAUGCUCUCGUCCGAUGGUAGUCGCGAUACUGGACUGGAUGGGUGCGAGUGAUAUGGUUAGAGCAGUAGUAUUACAGAAACGCGCAAUCCAAACCGCAGUAUCACUGAAAGCUUCGGGGGUAGUCACCGGACUUUUAGAAUGGAUAGAGCAAAACGAUCCGGAGGAGUCGAACCGGCAAUAUGGAACCGUUCUCGAGGCUGCUCUACAGGCAGAUGCUGUUGAGAUGGCAAUAGAGCUACUUGGAUGGGUUUUUCAAAAGGACAAGGACAAGGCAUUAUCAUUGUAUUCACGCUCCGUACAAUCUACGCUAUCGAACCCCCAAUCGGCUAUGCAUCUCGCCCUGCAAAGUUGGGAUGCGAUAAAACCAUAG